GGGGAGGAGGAGGACGAGCUGGCCCGCCGCUGCAGGGGCUUCAUGGCCUCGCCCGUGACCGACCUGCGCGAGCUGCGAAGGAGGCCGGGCGACAUGAAGACCAAGAUGGAGCUGCUGAUCCUGGAGACCCAGGCGCAGGUGUGCCAGGCCCUGGCCCAGGUGGAUGGGGGCGCCGGCUUCUCCGUGGACCGGUGGGAGAGGAAGGAAGGAGGUGGGGGCAUCAGCUGUGUACUGCAAGAUGGGCAUGUGUUUGAAAAGGCUGGGUGCAUCUCAAAGUCCAGAGUCCAAGUCACAAUAACAUGUCUUGAUUUGGUAGGUAACAAGCAUUGGUGGUUUGGUGGGGGAAGUGACCUUACUCCCACGUACUUGAACCAAGAGGAUGCCGUCCAUUUUCACAGAACUCUAAAGGAGGCUUGUGACCGGCACGGCCCAGAUCUCUACCCUAAAUUUAAAAAAUGGUGUGACGACUACUUUUACAUAGCCCAUCGUGGGGAGCGCAGGGGCAUCGGGGGAAUCUUUUUUGAUGACCUUGACUCUCCAUCCAAGGAGGAGGUGUUUCAGUUUGUGCAGAGCUGUGCUCAGGCUGUCGUUCCUGCUUAUAUUCCCCUUGUGAAAAAGCACCGUGAUGACGCAUUCACCCCCCAGGAGAAGCUGUGGCAGCAGCUCAGGAGGGGACGAUACGUGGAAUUUAACCUGCUGUAUGACCGGGGUACAAAGUUUGGCCUCUUCACUCCGGGAUCCAGGAUCGAAAGCAUCUUGAUGUCUUUACCUCUGACUGCUCGAUGGGAAUACAUGCAUUCACCCUCAGCGAACUCCAAAGAAGCAGAAAUUCUGGAAGUUCUUCGCCAUCCAAGGGAUUGGGUGCAUUGACAGAGGCAAAGCAGCCACCCUGGGGUUUGAGGACACAGAAUGUGUGCCCCACUCCACUGGCCGGCACCGUUGCCACCCUGUGGCAGUUAGUCACCUAUGUCUUGAGCCCCAGUCUUCAUUCUGGAGCCUGCCUCCCUGGCCCCAGAGGUUUCCGUUGGAUGCUGUCAGUGAUGGGUGAGAAGGUGACCACAAGUCCAUUGGUUGAUAUAAAUCUCAUUGAUACUUUUAGAAUCAUUUUAUAUGACUAGUUUACAAAAUAUGACAUUGGGUUUCCUGUAUUGAGUUAAGGGAAUCUAAAUAUUAUAGUUUGCAUCAGGAGAACUUCUCAUGUUAUUUUUAUUUCUUAUAUUUCUUAAAAAUUGUAGUUUCUGCCACAAAAAUCUGUUGUGGGAUAAAUUUAUUUUCAUUAAUUCAAUGAGAUUGAGUUUAUCAGUAAUUUUUGAAAGCAACUUGAAAUGAAGGUAAAAGUUUUGCUUUGUCGCUACUGAAAUUUCUUUAGUCAUAAUAUAUGUAUGUCUGUAUCUUGCUGUAGAAAUCACAAUAUUGUAAAAUGCUCAUUUUUAUAUAAUGAUAGAUAUUUGGGAACACUUGAAAUUUUCUUAAUCUUUACAUGUGUUACAAUUCAGUGAUUACCUGUGGUUGUUAACUCUCCAUCUCUGUUAUUUCAAAAAGGGACAUCUAAGUUGUAAUUUUUAUUUUUUAAAACUAGAACUUGUUAUCUGCACUUUUGAAUGUGAAAGUUUAUAACCAUACAUUCUGAUAUUUAGAAUUUUCUAUUCCAGACAGUUCUAUAUGGAAAUUUAAACUAAAAAAAAAAAAAUCCUGGGGAUGUUAUGAAUAUAGGAAAUGUUUAUCGUUUAGUGAGAAGCAUUUUCCUUCUUUAAUUAAAGUAAGCAUAAAUGUUAUGAGUGUGAGAAGCAUGUAGGCAUUUUAUAAAUAUUUUUUCUUGUAAGAUGGACUAGUUGAAAUUGUUCUCUUUAAAUGAGAGAUUCUGUAACUCAUAUUUGCUUUUAAGAUAAAUUCACAAAAUUCUUAAAAUGGCUUCUUUGUUCACAUAAUAAUAUGAAUGUUUUUUUAAUUCAUAAUAUAUUGAAGUUUGUAAGGAAUAUUAUCUUCCUACAUACUAUUAAGCAUUAUCUUGGAACAUGUUGAAUGUAUGUGACUGUGUGUGACACUUUAGGGCUGGGAAAUGUAUGAAUUCUUUAAUUGUCUUACAACAGAUCUACUGAUUAAAUUUUAUUAUGGAAUAUGGUUUA